AAUUUUUACAUCUCCAUCCAUAACACUAUUCUCUACUAUAUAUAUAACUGAAUAGGGUCUUAGCCCCGUUACUAAUUUUUCUAAAAUUCUUUGUGGAUCCAUGGCGGAAAUGGAUCUAACACCAAAGUCAGCGGCAGCAGCGUUCGAGGGAGAUGGUGGAGGAUAUUACGUAUGGUCAUUUCCGGCGCUUGGCGAGGCCAACGUAGGUGCCGGAAAGCUUGUGCUGAAGCCUAGUGGCUUUGCUCUUCCUCACUAUGCAGAUUCUGCCAAACUGGGAUAUGUUCUUCAAGGCGAGGAUGGAGUAGUUGGAAUGGUAUUCCCCAACACAUCGGAGGAGGUGGUGUUGAAGCUUAAGAAAGGAGACGUGAUUCCGGUACCACUCGGAGCAGUCUCAUGGUGGUUCAACAAUGGCGACUCAGCCGAUGACCUUGUCAUCGUGUUCUUGGGCGAAACAACAAAGGCUUACACUCCUGGUGUAUUUACUUAUUUCUUCAUUGCAGGAACUCAAAGUCUUCUCGGAGGUUUCUCUACUGACUUCAUUAGCAAGUCAUUCAGUAUUACCAAAGAUGAAGCUGAUGAGGUCACCAAAAACCAGACAGGAGUCCUGCUAGUUAAGGUAGAAAAGGGAAAGACCAUGCCUAAGCCCAACGCCCACCUCACCCACAAACUUGUUCAUCAACUCAAUGUCAGUGCCACUGUAACUGAGAAGGAGUUUCCUUUUCUUAACCAAGCUGGGUUAAGUGCCAACCUCAUAAAACUUGAACCUUCUGCAAUUUCCUCCCCCAUUUACACAACCGAUUCUACGGUUCAAUUGAUCUAUGUGGUUGGAGGAGGGGGUCGGAUCCAAAUCACGGGUCUUAAUGGUCAGCGUGUGUUGGAUGCGGAAGUAGCUGCCGGUCAGUUGAUCGUUGUGCCUAGGUUUUUCAUGGUGGCGAAACUUGCCGGUGAAAAAGGAAUGGAAUGUUUCUCUGUUAUUACAAGUUCCCGGGCUACUCUGGAAGACUUUACUGGCAAGACAUCAGUGUUGAGGGCAUUAUCACCUGAGGUGCUACAAAUAUCCCUCAAUAUAAACCCAGAAUUGCAGACUCUUCUGCAGUCAAAGAGUGACUGAUCCUGCACCAUCAAUCGAAGUCUGUUAAUUAUUAGUCCUUUACCACCGACUUACUUGCUUCCAUAUAUAUAGUCCCCAUUGGUGCCGUUAAUAAAGACGAUCUGCAUAUCUAUAUGAUCCUAGCGAGGAAAUUACUAGGAUCGAUCAAGAAACCCCGUCUGCAAAGGAGAUUAGUUAUUGUUUCCUUGUUCUUUAUAAUGUUACGUUUGUGUGAUUUUCUAAACAGGAGACCAUGUUUUGUUUAUUUACAUGUUUUAAUCAAACAUUGCAUGGUUUGGAAUUAUUAAGUUGUGCCUACUGUCUAAAUCAAUUCAAACACUGGGGAACCAUUACC